GGUGGCACCCAAAUUCCCCGGGCGCGUCGAGGGCUUAAGAGCCCGCGGGAGCGGCCGGCGCCAGACGCCCGCAGCAGCCGAACCAUGGCCAGGCCCCCGGGCCUCGCGCCGCUCCUGGCGCUCCUGGCGCUGGCUGCGGCGACCCGUCCGGCGGGCGCGCAGCACAACUGUACGUGCGCCACCAACAAGAUGAGCGUCUGCGGCCCCGACGGCCCGGGCGGCAGCUGCCAGUGCCGCGCGCUGGGCUCGGGCGUGCUGCUCGACUGCUCCACGCUCACCGCCAAGUGCCUCCUGCUGCAGGCGCGCGCGCGCGCUCCCCCGCGGGGCCGCUCGCUGGUGUCGCCGGGGCCGCUGGCGAUCGUGGACAACGACGGCCUCUACGACCCCGAGUGCGAUGGCGAGGGCCGCUUCAAGGCGCGCCAGUGCAACCGGACGUCGGUGUGCUGGUGCGUGAACUCGGUGGGCGUGCGCCGCACCGACAAGGGCGACCGCGGGCUGCGCUGCGCCGGCGUGGUGCGCACGCACCACAUCCUCAUCCACCUGCGCCACGGCCCGGCCGCCGCGCUCAACCUCUCCUUCCUGGACGCCGAGCUGCGGCAGCUGUUCCGCCAGCGCUAUGGCCUGCGUGCCGCCUUUCUGCACGCGGUGCGCUACGACGCGCCCACCAUCCAGAUCGAGCUGCUCCAGAACGCGUCGCAGAAGGCGCCCGGCGACGUGGACAUCGGCGAUGCCGCCUACUACUUCGAGCGUGACGUCAAGGGCGAGUCGCUGUUCCCGGGCCACAGCGGCGCAGGUGUGCCGGUGCGCGGGGGGUCGCUGCCCGUGGACCACACGCUUAUCUACUACCUGGACGAGAAGCCGCCUGAGUUCACCAUGCGGCGCCUCACGGCCGGCGUCAUCGCCAUCAUCGUGGUGGUCGCGGUGGCCCUGGUCCCUGGCGUGGUCGUCAUGGUGAUCACCCACUACAAGAGGUCUAGGAAGUACAAGAAGGUGGAGAUCAAGGAGUUGGGGGAGCUGAGAAGUGAGCCAAGCUUGUAGGUACCCAGUGGGCACAGGUGGUUGGAGAAACGGACACCACAGCGUCCUGGACCAUAGGGAGCACCUGCUUCCUUCUUGCGCAGGAGAAGGCGUUUCCCCAACCCAAGCCCCUGGUCCCCUCUCCAGCUCCCCAUACACCAGGCUUGAUGGAUCCUGGUCUCACAACACCUCUUCCUGACAUAUCUUGAAGGCCGAAUUUCCAAAAGUCCUUCCCUUUGGGUCCAAAGACGAGAAACAGGACUGAGAGUUAGGGGAAGGGCGGCGCAGGGCCAGCUGUAAGAAGUGAGUUUCCAGCCACCCAGAGGCCUUCGCCAGUGACGGGCUCAGCCUUCCAGGCUGUCCUGGGUGUACAGGGAAAGGGUGCUCUUGCUGCCUUGGAGAACGAGAGCUGAUGAGCUUUCCUGUCUCAUGGCCUUCUCGGCAAAGGAGAGCCUGUUACUGGGGGGCCGGUGUAGGAGUCCAGCUUACCAUCAUAUACAUUUCCGACCGCGUAUCUUGUCACCCCAAGGAAUCCUGUCUCCCUGCCGGAACACCCUGGAGAUGUUUUUAAGGGCACAUGCCCCACACUGUCUCCUCCUCAGCUCGCCCUGAUUACGGCUGAUAAUUGUAAUGUUUUCUUUUGUAAAAUGUUUGUACAUAUGUCGCCUUUGAUAAUGCUGCUGUGAUUCUUUUUUAAAAAACACGAAUUUAAUAAAAUAUGGGAAAGGCACAAA